AUGGAGGUGCUUCUUGGUAGUAGCUGGGUGCGCCCAACGGAUUGGACCAAACAAAAAAGGGGGUUGGUUGCUUGCGGAGGCCUGACCAAUAUAAUAAGUAGGGAGGAGGUAUUGUUCCUCUUCCUCCCACCCAUUACCUUUGCUCUCACUCUAAUAAAAUCCUGGGGUUAUAAGAUUGACUUGGUGGCAAGAGAAUGGUAG